AUGUCCUCACAAGAUUUACCCUCGGGUGCUCAAACCCCAAUCGAUGGUUCUUCCAUCCUCGAAGAUAAAGUUGAGCAAAGUUCGUCCUCAAAUAGCCAAAGUGAUUUAGCUUCUAUUCCAGCAACAGGUAUCAAAGCCUAUCUCUUGGUUUGUUUCUUCUGCAUGUUGGUUGCCUUCGGUGGCUUCGUAUUCGGUUUCGAUACCGGUACUAUUUCCGGUUUCCUUAAUAUGUCUGAUUUCCUUUCCAGAUUUGGUCAAGAUGGUUCUGAAGGAAAAUAUUUGUCUGAUAUCAGAGUCGGUUUGAUUGUUUCCAUUUUUAACAUUGGUUGUGCAAUUGGUGGUAUUUUCCUUUCUAAGAUAGGAGAUGUUUACGGUAGAAGAAUUGGUAUCAUUUCAGCUAUGGUUGUCUAUGUCGUCGGUAUAAUCAUCCAGAUCUCGUCCCAAGAUAAGUGGUAUCAACUUACAAUUGGACGUGGAGUUACAGGAUUAGCUGUUGGUACUGUUUCGGUUUUGUCUCCAAUGUUCAUUAGUGAAAGUGCUCCCAAGCAUUUGAGAGGUACUUUGGUAUACUGUUACCAAUUAUGCAUCACCUUAGGUAUUUUCAUUGGUUACUGUGUCACUUAUGGAACCAAAGAUUUAAAUGAUUCAAGACAAUGGAGAGUUCCUUUGGGUUUAUGUUUCCUUUGGGCUAUUUUCUUAGUUGUUGGUAUGUUGGCUAUGCCAGAAUCCCCAAGAUUCUUGAUUGAAAAGAAGAGAAUCGAAGAAGCCAAGAAGUCCCUUGCAAGAUCCAACAAGUUGUCUCCAGAAGAUCCAGGUGUCUACACUGAAGUUCAAUUGAUUCAAGCUGGUAUUGACAGAGAAGCUGCUGCAGGUUCUGCUUCGUGGAUGGAAUUGAUUACCGGUAAACCAGCUAUUUUCAGAAGAGUUAUCAUGGGAAUUAUCUUACAGUCUUUGCAGCAAUUAACUGGUGUCAACUAUUUCUUCUACUACGGAACUACAAUCUUCCAAGCUGUUGGUUUGCAAGAUUCCUUCCAGACUUCCAUCAUCUUAGGUACAGUCAACUUUCUUUCUACAUUUGUUGGUAUUUGGGCCAUUGAAAGAUUUGGAAGAAGACAAUGUUUGUUAGUCGGUUCUGCUGGUAUGUUCGUUUGUUUCAUCAUUUACUCUGUCAUUGGUACAACUCAUUUGUUCAUUGAUGGAGUAGUAGAUAACGACAACACCCGUCAACUGUCUGGUAAUGCUAUGAUCUUUAUCACUUGUUUGUUCAUCUUCUUCUUUGCCUGUACUUGGGCUGGAGGUGUUUUUACAAUCAUUUCCGAAUCAUAUCCAUUGAGAAUCAGAUCCAAGGCUAUGUCUAUUGCCACUGCCGCUAACUGGAUGUGGGGUUUCUUGAUUUCAUUCUGCACUCCAUUCAUUGUUAACGCCAUCAACUUCAAGUUCGGCUUUGUGUUUACUGGUUGUUUGCUCUUUUCGUUCUUCUAUGUCUACUUCUUUGUCAGCGAAACCAAAGGUUUGUCGUUGGAAGAAGUUGAUGAGUUGUACGCUGAGGGAAUUGCACCAUGGAAAUCCGGUGCAUGGGUUCCUCCUUCUGCACAACAACAAAUGCAAAACUCUACUUAUGGUGCCGAAACAAAAGAGCAAGAGCAAGUUUAGCUUUAUGGUUAAUGCUUUAUUCCCAAUGAUUUUUGAAUUUUUAAAUAUAGACUAUAGAUUUACAAAAAGGCAAUGCCUUUUAAAUGAACUUUAAUGAACGAUUAUGAU